GUCGUACAUGAUAGAAGCACCACUGCUUCCGGAAAGAGUUGGCUGGCGCAUCUCCUAGAAUGUUAUUACUGGAGACGUGGAGAGCCCAUGGUGUCCCUUUUCAUCUGGCCAGACACCUCGAAUUCACUCGAGUAUCUGACCGAGCAGUGCAGAAAAGCCGGGCGUAUUGUUGUGACUGCCGGUAACGUUUGCGAUUCAGACAUCGUCUUCGUACUUGAUGAAGCCCAGUGCUCGUACACUGACUCGGCAUUCUGGCUCGGUUUUAUCAAGACACAAAGUCGCCUUCGUCGCGGAGCAAAAAUGUGUCUCUUUGUAUCCUUUGGAAGCUCACUAACAGGGCCUACGCAAUAUCUAAAGGGGUCUUUUCCUACAUACUUUAGUUCAGAGCAGCGGGUUUCCCUAAUAGUAUCUAGCGUACCCGGCACUCCUGAUGUUUGACUAUUCUAUAACCGGGAAGUUUGACGAUGCAAUGCUGAGGCUAGGUGUACUGCACAAGAUAUCCUGGGGGUUUACGUCCGAUGCUCGCGAUUAUCUCUACUCUAUCGCAAGUGGGCAUCCAGGCGCUGUUUCCUCAUUAAUGAGUUACCGUUCUGAGCUAGGAAAUGAAAGCAUUCCUCAAAUCACCAAGCAACGCAUGGUGGACUUGUUGCUUGACGAGCAGACCGUCUUCGAGGGACUCGAAUACAAGCCGUUCGCCUAUUUCUUCCCGCGUAUGUGGAAAAUUACAGCCUCAGCAAUGGAAUUCCUUUGGUAGAUACUGGAACAAAAGGCAGUCCAGUUUAACUUGGAGGAUCAGUGAUGCAAUGAUUGUUAUAGUAACAAGUUGAUCAUGCACGGAGGACAUAGACAAGGAUGGCAAAGAGACUGUCUGCUUCUUUCCCACAAGAUUGCACGAGAGUAGGCUCCA